CGUGCAAGCAAUGAUAUUAUGAUUAGACUCGGGAGCGAGGAGUUUCGCAGGAAAUCACACAGAAAGAGUAAUCAUUGAGCUGCGAUGAUUUUUUUUUCUCUUGUGAGCUCAUAAAACAGUGAGGAUGAUUCAAAUAGUCAGAAUAGUCACGAUGCUUUUAAAGUCCUGCAUUUUACUAGCCAUCUUUCUCGGUCACGGUCUUUGUGAGAGCGAGAAAAAUAUUUCACGGAACUUGAAUGGCACUGUCAUUGGUAACAAGACCCUCACGAGUGUAGAUGGUCCAUACUUGGUAACCAGUGACUUGAUUGUCCCAGAGAAUGCCACCCUUACCAUAGAACCUGGUGUAAUUGUAAAUUUUGUUCCAUCUGCGGGGAUUCGUGUUCGUGGAUCGUUUCAUGCAAAAGGGACACCUUCGCAGAGAAUUACUUUCCGAGCGGUUCCCUGUGAAGAAACAGAUUUGUGCAAUUUAACAGACUGGGCUAAGUUCUACAGUCGGGGGGUAAGGCUUGUGGAUGGAACAUCCUACAAUAACGGGCGCCUUGAGCUACAGUAUAAUGGAAGAUGGGGGACACUCUGCAACAACUGGAAAACUUGGGAUAUCAGUGAUACGCAGGUGGCCUGCAGACAACUUGGCUUCCUUGGAGCAAAGCGGUAUUACUAUGAUCCUGGUAGCGGCCCCGUGAUGAUGAAAUAUGUUAACUGUAAGGGAACCGAAAAGAGUCUAUGGGAUUGUCCUUACACAUGGAUUUUAAAUGAUCCAUAUUCAUGUAGUCACAGGCUGGACGUUGGCAUUGAAUGCGACACUCUCUUGUCAUAUUUGGCCGAGAUUUUUUACUGGAAAGGUAUUUACUUCGAACCAACGAAUUCCUCAGAGAAACAAGGAAUUUCUUCGCUGGUGCACGUGGACAUUGAGAAUGCUCUCGAGGGCGUAAAUGCUGUAACAAACGCUCCAGAGUUACUACAUGUUACAAUUAAUGAUAGCGCCUCUGGCGUAAAUGUAAAAGAACUUGCCAAACCAUUGGUCCUAGUUGAUUCUUCAAUCCUGAGGCCCACGCUGGCCGGUGUGAGUAUCGAGAGCUCCGGUGGUAAUGUUGUCAUUGAAAACGUCACGGUUGAGAGAGCACGAUUUGAAGGAGGUCUUAUCUACAAGCGUCUGGCAGUGAAUUUAUGUUCUGUCAUUCCAGAGAAAGCUUCUUUUCCUUUGCUUCUAGAUGCCGUUGGGAAUCAUCAUCCGGUUACUUGCAAUAAGGUUUUCAGAGCUUCGCCAGGAAGAAAGAUCUCUUUGCAUUUAAGAACAAUUGAUGGAAGUGGAUUUGAACUAAAUAUUACCGAUGCAAGUACAGCUAUCAAAACCCAACUUCACAGAAUCACCAGUGACUACAAUGGAAGGACAAUUAAGACUGGUUCUAGUUUUAAUUUGGAACUUUCCUUUAAUUCUAAGGGCGGUUCUAAAGCCUCUGCGAAUUUGGAAAUGAUCAUUAUGGAAGAUAAAGGCGAGACUUUAUCACUUGUGAUAUCUAACAGUACCUUUUCUGACAAUUUUAAGUCUGGUAUUACCGUUGACAACUUGAUUGGUAACUCUCGAGUCUCGCAGACAAAGGUGACAGGAAACAAUUAUUAUGGACUCUAUGCCAGCAACACACAAGGAAAAAUAUCUGUUGUAGCCUCCGUGUUUCUGCGUAACAAAUAUAACGGCGUUAACAUAACCAAGAUGACAGGUACUUUAGAAUUAAUUAACGUCAAUUCCUCGAAAAACCAAGCGUCAGGAAUCGUUAUCGAUGUUGGAACUCUAUCAUUCCAAAUGUCUGACAGCUUUGUCGAAGAAAAUGCCGGUCAAGGAUUACACAUUGUAAACCAGGUCAACUCCACAAUCAAUAUUAACGGCACGCAGUUUAUUCGUAACAGUAAUGGUGAAGGGGUACAUUUACAGGCACUUCGCUAUUGCCAAGCUCUACUCGCGGAAGUAUUGUCUCUUGGAAAUUCGCAAAAUGGGGCUUUGUUAGCAAGAUUAUCCGAUACCAGAUUAAAUGUCAGCUCUUGUAAAUUUGAUGGAAACUCAGAAACAGGAGUCCACGUUGACUACUUUCUCAGAGGAGGGCUUAACUUAGAGAAUGUUUCUACAUCAAACAAUAACAGAUAUGGUUACAUUUUCCAUUUUGGGGAUACCAGCAUAAACAUAGAGUCUUCGUCUUCUUUUGGUAACGGCAGAGAUGGCUUUUACGUAGAGAACCAAGAAGGAGAAGUUGUGUUAAAGGAUUUUGCUGCUCGUGCGAACAGACGACACGGAUUACAGUUUCUUGAUAAAUACUCAGCUCGUCUUCGAUCAGUUUAUCUUCUAAACUGUAAUGUUUCAGAGAACAGUCAAUACGGCGUGCAGUUUUAUCUGACUUAUAGAUUUACUGAAGGCACGGAGAACUAUACCAUCAAGGUUGCAAACUCCACAAUUUUCAACAAUCGUCAUGGUGGUUGUACGCUCGAUCCUGCAGGCUGCGGUCGGGGAGGCGCUCGGCGACAGAGACGCGUUCAACUUUUAUUCACUGGUAAUGAAGUAAAAAGAAACAAGAAAAAAGGUUUGGAUAUCCUUGGUCCAGAGUGGUACGAAUUAUCUGCUCUCCUUACUAAUAACAUAUUUUACGAGAAUAGUGGACCUUCUCUGAUAGUAAGACAUGGCCAAAGUUGUAGAUAUGAGCAUUCGUCACCAUACAAGUUGCAGGUUUCGUCGAACAUCUUUUUGAAGAAUAGAGGGGAGAACAUAUUUUUCGUUGAUUGCGAAACGUUACCCACAAAAUGCCAUGUCACCAUCAGAAAUAAUACGUUUUUAGACAAUCAAAGAAUCCGGCAGUUUUCAAACAAUUACCUUCGUACCAAAACGCAAGCAGUUUUAGCUGUACAAGGAGGCAACGUUACCAUAAAGUGCAAUUCGUUCAGCAAUCCUUUGUUCUCUUACGAACUGGCAGCUUUGCUUAAAGAUAACGAACACGCUGUUCAAGCGGAAGAAAACUGGUGGGGAACAAGAGAUGAAUGCAAAAUAAAAGACCGACUUUUUGACUUUGAAGAUCGAGUGGAACUUGCAAAGAUUCAUUAUUAUCCAUUUUUGGAUUCCAACCAUUCUACCAGUGCCAAACUACACAAUGGUGUCAGACCUUUCUGUUUUCUUCGAGGUGACAAGUUAGGGGGAACAUUGAAUCAAGUCCUCAAUAUCACAAACCAAAUUGAUGCUUAUCGAGUUAUCAGUGAUGUCACAAUUUUGUCUGAUGGUGUUUUGCAUAUCGAAGAAAACGUCACCUUAGAAUUUCCAUUGAAAAGCGUUUUCCUAGUUCAAGGAAAGGUUAUCAUUAAAGGUACUGAAAAAGAACGGGUGAAGUUCAUUCCAAAGGGACCCUUGAAUCAGGAUAUCAGACUUGUCGGAGGUCCUGCCCCUUGGGAAGGGGUGGUUGAAACAUGGGUCAAUCGUACGUGGAUGCCAGUUUGUAUUCGUACCUACCGACACGAGUAUGACAUAGUAUGUCAACAAUUGGGAUACGAGCCGGUGUACUAUUAUCGCCAUGAUCCAAGUGGAAAAGAGAAAAUAUUCUUGCAUAAUGUCCGAUGCGAUACAGAUCAAGGAGACAACAUUACCAUUUGUAACAAAAACAACUGGAUUUCGUCUUCAUCUUGCUCGGCGAAUGUUUUAUAUGUUGCUUGCAAAAUUCCUUACUGGGCUGGCAUUCACCUUGCAGCGACUUCAAAGGAAAGCGUUGUCAGCAAUGUUGAGGUACGCUAUGCAGGUUUUCCAUACAGAGACGACCUGAUGAUCCCCGGAAUCGCUUUCAGAGUAGACCUCCCUCGUCACACGAUCAGCGGUGUCUCUGUGAGGAAUUCUGCUUCAAUUGGUUUCCAGAUUAUGUAUCCAGACCCCGUUGAAGAUUCAUACAAAAUCGCGAAUUCAACAAUAGCUAAAACUGAAUCAGAUGGAAUACGUUUGGAGUCUCCAUUCUUUGAGCUCCUGGGUGCAACUGUCGUAAACACAAAAGGCUACGGAUUUUCGUAUCGUUACAACUGGAAUGCUCUCAACAAACACGUUGUAACAAUGGCAGAUGCGACUGUGAAGAAGUUUAUGGACAUGUGCAAUGAAAGUGAAAGGUUUAUUGAUGACUCUAGUGUAGUGCACUAUCUAGUUGUGACAGCAAAGAGCAAAACAGCCUGCGAGGCCAUAAUUACUGUUCCACAGGAAUAUACAAUAGGAUUGCAGCUAAUCUAUCACAAUGUACAUGGUGUAGUUUUCCACGUCUACAAUCAAACAGAAAAACCAAAGGACAUUUACUGGGAUAUCCAUAUGUUAGACUGGUAUAGCCGUCCUGUUUGGAUGUCAGGCAAUAGCUCAAUCCUACUGGAGAAAGGGAGCAAAUAUUAUGCGGAUGACUACAUGGUGCAUUUUCUACUGUUUCUUAUCAAAAGCGAUGAAAAGACAGAAGUUAGGUCACCAAAACUUGUAAUAUCCAAAGGAAAAUUUAGCUACAACACUAAUGGCGGAAUCUUUUUGGGAGGAGACGACCUAGGAAAAGUGGAAAUCCAAAACACGGAAGUACAAGACACACCCCAAAGUGGCCUAUCGACGGCAUUUUCUCAAGUAAACAGUUUGAAACUGCUGAAUUGCCAGUUCGUCAGAAAUAAGAUUGGAGUCAAGCUCUCUUCGUUUUCAGGCAAUGUCAUUAUCAAGAACACCAAAGUUUCUAACUCCACCGAAAAUGGACUUUAUCUGGACUCGGACGGUGAAAAAACAGUUCAUAUUGAAAAUGGUAGUGUUACCCAUAGCCAUGAAUAUGGACUUUAUCUAGAUGGAAGUGAUACGAAACUGAAACUUUCUGCAACCAAUACUUUUUUUGGAUGGAAUAAGGCAUCUUCUGUCUAUUCUUCUGUUUAUUAUAGUUGCAGUUCGCCUUAUUCAUGCCUUACUUCCUUUACAAACUGUACAUUUUGUGCCAACCGAGGUCCUGUAAUACAAAUCUACAGAUCUCCAAACUCAUGGCAAUUUGACGGCAACCUUUUCCUGAACAACACUGAAGGUCCUGUUAUUUUGACUCCGCACUAUACGGAUAGGUACUACACUCCUGAAUUAUUUGUGAGAAAUAAUAGUUUCUUGUUCAACUUUUGCCAAGAUAAAAGCGUCAUAUACAUCAUUGGAAGCACAAAAGUUUUGAUCAUCGAAGGAAACAUCUUCAAGCAAAACUAUGGGAGAUCCGUUUUUGUAGAGAAAACCUCUCCGUCAGGCGCAACUAUAAGAAGUAACAUCUUCACAGACAACAGCUGCCUGAACAGUGGAGUCAUUGAGAUUCGGAGGGUAGAUGAUGACAUCGUAAUUGUUGACAACAUCCUUAAAUCGAAUAAAGGACAUUUUAUGGUUUUUCUCCACUGCGAGUACGUUUUAGGAAGGAACAUGCCCUCCGGCAUGAAGAAUGUAACGUUUUCGAACAAUUCACUGAUGAACAACGUGGAUUUACCAUCAAGCUCCCCAUCCUGUGAGGUAAAAGUUUCUGGAUUUAUGGAGCGGAGAACAUUUUUCAUCAAUUACAACAGACUUAACAGCCAAGAGUUCUCAAAGGAACUUUGCGUAAGCACCCAUGCUUCCUCGCAUAGCAGCAUAGUGCAAGCUUCAUUAAACUUUUGGGGUUAUGAUGACGAGGAAAGAAUCAAGGCGAGAAUUCUUGAUGCUGAAGACGAUUACGAACAGACAUUCGCUGAUUUUCGUCCCUAUAUCAGCAGUGCAGGAAACACAAUCAAGGGCUCGCAAGAGAAUUUCACCCUCAACGCGCUUACGAAAAGCUUUCUGGGAGGAAGGAUAUUAUCCAACGUUCGUCUAAAACAAGAUAAAAGUCCCUAUACAGUUGUGUACGAUGUCACUAUUCUACCCAAAGCUUCACUUUCAAUUGAUCCUGGUGUUGAGGUACAUUUUAUGCCAGGGGUUGGCAUGCUGGUUCUUGGUUCCCUCUUUGUGGGCGGCAAAGAAGAUCAGCCUGUCAAAUUCUCUCUUUCAAAAACAGCAAAAGAAGAUGAUUCUCUGAAAAUUCGAUUAGCCGGAGGAAAGUUCCCCUGGGAAGGACGUGUAGAGAUACUUCACAACCGGGAUUGGACCUCACUGUGUUUCAAUGAGACGAAAGGCAAUAAAACUAAUGUCGUAAGACUGAUAUGUGAACACCUGGGCUAUCAAGCACCAUUGUCCGUCAAUCAUUCCCUUCAAGAAUCGUCUCGCCCUUUGGAUACCUGUGCCGCUCUUCAGUGCAAAGGAAGUGAAUUAGAUUUAGCAAAAUGCUCCUUAUCUUUCCAAAACCUCAAAUGCAACACGUCGUGUCAUCUUGUAUUAAAUUGUGGCGAGGGAAGGCCUUGGGGAAAUAUUAGAUUUCUUCGCGAAGCUACGAACACUUCAAACCUAUCACCGUCAAGUUUAAAGUACUUAAGGAUUGAACACUGUGGCGAGAAGCAUGGCCAAAACGUUGCUGCUAUCGAAAUGGUUCAGUACGUUCCAGAAGUAAAUCAUGUGACUGUUCUUAACUGCACAUCAGGUGGUAUUAAGGUUUGGUUCCCAGAAAAAGAGGUCAUUAUAACAAACAGUUCCUUCGUGAAUACCGGAGGAAAUGGAACUGAUCUAAUCAUUACGAAAAACAACGUUACACUUGAAAAUAUCAAAUCGAUAAAAAACGAAUAUGGACUGAGUUUUCAUGAAGUGUACGGUGAUUGGAUUGAUAGUAUUCCAUACGGAAAGGUUAAUCUGUGUUCUCCCCAAAAGGUGGUGAAAAUCAUGGAUCACGAUGUAUUCAUUUAUUUUAGAGUACCAUUUGUGUCUCUCGCAAAUCUGGAGGUAUCCUGCGAAAUGAAGGUUCAAACAGAUGUAGAUUUUGGUUUUGCUGUUCAGCCAUUAGUUCUAAGAGGUAUAAGGUAUUUUCGGAUAGAUCUUCCAAAUGGAGCUAAAAUCUUACAAUCUUAUGAUAGCAGCAGCCCAAGAGUACUCAAAAAAAGGAAUUUGAUCAGAUGGGAUUCUUUUACAGUCAUAUUUGAAGGAUGGUACAGUAGUGAAAUGCUUUUGCAAGUUCAACGUGUUGAUUUCAGAGAUAUUCCUUGUUCAUUUGACCGUGAUUUUUGUGACUGGAGACAUUAUCCCAGAUCACAUUUUGAAGGAAUUGCUCUGAAGAGGCGAUGGUAUUUUGGUGGAAGAAGCAAUUAUGACCACAGCUAUACAGGGGGCAAUGGAGGAAAACUAACUCAUUGGUCCUUCUGGAGAUCUGGUUAUGCUGCCCUUAUCAGCCCGUCAAUUCUGAGCGACAGCAACUACUGUUACUUGGUGUUUUACUACAUGCUGGGAAUUGAUUACUCCAGUUUAUCAGCAUCGCUGUCUAUUUUUUAUAUAGAAGACAAUACUAAUAAGUCCACACUGCUGUGGUCCACGAACGAUUACGUGGCUAACUGGAAAAAGAUAAUAAUCGAGCUACCCAAUGCUAGCGCCAGUUACUCGAUUGUGGUAUUGGGAUAUAAAGAGUACAGGAGCUACAUUUAUGUCGAUGACCUGGCCUUCGUUAGUUGUGACUCAGCUGCUGCCGUGCACCAAGUGACCGGAAGUGUUUUCAAUGGCAACAGUAAGCAAGGUAUACUUUACACGACGACUCAAAGAGAAAGACAUAUUUUUCGAGUAGAACGUUGUCAGGUAACAAACAAUGGUCUGAAUCCAGUCCUUAGUGGGAGCCUGUCAGGAGCGAUUUAUCUCAAUGCUUUCCAACAAGUGUUUGAAAUAGUUAACAACUACAUUUCCGGAAAUAACAACGGAGGCAUUUAUUCUAAGGUACUCAAUGGAUUGUCCACGACAAGACCACCAGUUAGCCAUAUUCAUGCAAACACCAUAGAGUACAACAAAGGAGGCAUAUUACACGUAGAAGGAGUUUCUGGGCCCUAUUUGAACGUUGUAGUGAGUAACAACUAUUUUUCUCGAAACUUAGCUCGAGAUUGGGACGGUAAAGCAAACAGUGUUUGUAUCAUAACAAAGUUAUGGGCGAUUGUUCAAGGAAAUUUCUUCUACAGCAACGUCGGCCAUUACGUUUUGCUAUAUGAUAAUUCUCAAACAAAUGGUGUUGGUCUUCGAUUUGUGAAUAAUACACUGUACAAGAAUGGUGCAAGGGGGUUCGAUGUUAAUUACGGAGCGACUAUUCUUUGCAAUGGAACGGCAGAAAUUCACGGAAACGUUUUCCAGAAUCCUAGCAACCGUUAUCAGUUCAGUACCACAAUGAGAGGGAGUCCAGUCACAGUUAACGCCACUUUUAAUUGGUGGGGAGAGGGUGAAGCAAAUUUCAUUUCUGCUCUGAUCAUGGAUAAAACUACGGAUUAUCGAUUGUCUAUAACAGUUGUGUUUCAGCCGUUCGUCAGGCUACCACCUCAAACAGCUAUAUCAGUGUCUUGCCCGCCUGAAUGGAUCAAGGACGAUGAGAUGUGUUUCAUGUACAAAGGAGGCUCAUUCACUUUCUCCGAUGCCAAGAAAUAUUGUGGGAGUUAUGGUGGAAAUCUCAUCACCAUGCUUUCAAACGAAGACAAACGACUCAUAAAGCAUCUAAGACAGAAAGAAUCCCUGGUUCGUUUAAGCGUGUUACCUUCUCUAUGGACCAUAAGCAGGCGCUUUUUGAAAGAGUCUCACAGCGGAUAUGUUCAAAACAGUAAAGUAUGUCCUGUUGUGGCUGUCUCCGGAAAUAUUUCAAAAGUUCAUUGUGAUGAAUUUCAUCCUUUUGUCUGCGUGAGGAGGCCAGUUAUCCACUGUCCGAACAGUUGUUUUCAUAAUGGGGACUGCAUAGGUGCCACGUGUUUCUGUUAUCCUGGAUGGACUGGAGAAGACUGUUCCAAGUUUCACUGCCAUGACUUGCAUAACUGUUCUGGUAAUGGUGAAUGCAUGGGUCCUAAUGUCUGCAAAUGCUACCCUGGAUAUUUAGGUCUCGGCUGCACUUACUCUUUCUGUGGAAAGUACGAAAGUUGUGCUGAUUGCGUGACAGACCCAUUUUGUGGAUGGUGUGACAGUUCACGCUCCUGCCGCGGAGGUUUUCCGGCAGGGCCUCCAGGAAUAAGUUGUCCCGCUUGGUUUUACUACCACUGUUAUACAGUGGGAGACGAACGUUGUUCACGUGAUAUAAUGAGGGUGAAUUGUAAAGGUAGGCAUUGCAACUUCAAAGAUGGAAGAGGAACGAUUGAAUCCUGUCAAAAAUGCGGUGAUCUCGAAAGAUGUCACAAACUCACAGAAGAAAACCAGUGCAGAUCGUGGAAUGAGACUCAGUGUCCAGGCGGGAAAAUUGAAGUUAAUUAUACGGAUCCCCUUAGAAGAAAUAACGUGGAAUUUGCUAAAAAUGUGAAGUUUGUGGAGCCUAACGAAACUCUCGUUUACGCAUGUCCAGUAAUUUUGCCAAAACAAGACAGAGUGUCGCUUGUUUUAGUUGCCCCAAAAGCCCUGAAAGUUCAAAAGGGUGAUAUACUGUGUAGUCCUCAAGCAGGAGGCAUCAUGCAUAAGAUUGUCAAAGAAAUCAGCGAUGGUCCCUUUCAAUUGAUGUUAAGCGCCCCAGCAGGGUUGGAAGAGGUUAUAAAGUAUGCGGACUUUAGAGACCAAGUAACUGCAGUACAAGUAGACGACGACUCGACGUUUGAGGAUGAGCCUGAUCAAGAUGACUUGUGGGAUGUUAUUUCAGGCAACAUUACGUUUGAUAAGGGACAGGUUAUCGUGCUUUCAAAUGAAAUAUACAAGUGCCUUGGUCACACGUAUGACACUGGAAAAAUCAUUGCCCACUCGUACUUCCUGGUAAUAGAGAAAAACAAUAACAUCCCUAAGACAGGUGACAUAGUUGUGUCCAAUGCUAGUGAUGGUUUCAUUGAGACUGUUGUUGCAGUUCAUAGAACGCACAACACCGAAUACUUGGAAACGAAAUUCCAGAGAUGCGAAGCAAAUUCUCAAUGGCAAGGCACGAGACUACAGGAAAGUAAGCAAAGGCUUUCUGGAUCAGUAUCUUGUAGUGGAGGGGAUAACAACGAAGGCCUUGUUUUGUCAAAACCAGAGGAUGGAGGUCGGCAGUUUUUUGUCGAUGAUCCAAUCAUUGGAAGACCUAGUGGAGGCCUCAUUGCAAAGGUUAUAGACGUCUACUCCAGCGGAAAUUUUCUUCUGGUGGAAGUAAUUUCAGCCAAACGGGACGGAAACGGUACAAUUACUACAGCUGUAGAUAUAAAUGCACUGAAAAGCCACAACAGACGUAGUAGGCGCUCAACGAGAUACGAUUUUGAAUUGGCCAGAUUUGAACCCGACGGAAUACAUCACAAGUUGUUGUUAACGGAAAACGCUAAGGUACAAGUCUCUUUGGAAAUGUUCUUCCAAGUGACUAUGUUCCUUGAGAUAGAAAAAAAGUGGUUCAAACCUGGAAUAAAGGAUGCUACUGCUGGUCUAGAGUUAGAAGGAAGCUUAGAUUUCUCUCUGGACUUAAGUGUUGAUGGGGAGUUAAGGUAUAACAAAGGCCUAAAUGUCUUGAGAGAAAAACAGCUCGGUCGUUCAAUUUAUAUUCCCGUUGGGCCAAUCAAAGUCCCUGCGGGGAUUUUCUUGGAAAUAACAGGAUAUGCAUCUGCUGGAUUAAUUGUUACUCUACACAAAGACUGGAAUAGCCCAGAUCCGCAACUGGAAGUUGGAGCAUCCGUAAAAGUUACGGUGACACCCAAAAUCUCAGUAAAACUGCCAGCGUUUCCAAAAUCGCAAUUAAAGGCAGUCAAGACAUCAGAUUUUAGUUUGUUCGACGAUUUAGUUGAAGCUGUUUUUGAGUAUGUGGACCUUUCCAUGGCGGUAUUUGUGAGCGUACCACUAGAAGCUGGUUUAUCCAUACGUCUUCCCGCGACACAAUGCACUGGAAAUAAACCUGCUGAUCUGGAAAGCUUCUACGGAAUUUCUGGCAUAAAUCUCGGCGUCUCAGUUGGAUUUCUUGAAAAACAUUUGACACUUGAGCUGCCUUUGGGAUAUUCUCAGAUGAAACGCUAUUCGAAUUGUAUAUGUCCUGUCAAAAGUGAGAAAUUAUGUGUGGGACCUACGACGCAACCGGGACCACCUGGAAAUGGGAAUCCGACACCUGUUCCUAAUCCGCGUCCAAGACCAACUGGAAAUGGGAAUCCGACACUUCCUCCUAAUUUGCGUCCGACACCUACUCCUACUGCGAAAAAUAAGAGUAGAAAUGAGCCACCACGAAAUGGCAAGACCGGAGAACUUCCAUGUGGAAAAGGACCUAUCUGUGCUGGGAAACGAACGGGUCCUAACUGCACCAAGCCGGAUACAUGGCUUCUUCAGAGUAUGUAGCAAUAAAUGUACCUGCAUAGUGCGAACGUAAUUGCAAUAAAGUUGUCAUAGAAAAUGCAAAACGAAAAAAAGAAAAA